AUGGCGUCCCCCGAGCCCGCCGCGCAGCCGAGCCUCGCGCAAGAGCCCCCCGCGGCCGAGCAAGAAGGGCCGCCGCAACCGCAAGAGCCUGUCCCCGGAGCGGAGGCGGAGAACGCGGAGAAGGCGGAGGGGGAGGAAGCCGAGGAGGAGGAGGAAGGGGAGUGCGGGUUCUGCCUCUUCAUGAAGGCCGGCGGCUGCAGGGACACCUUCGUGGCGUGGGAGGAGUGCGUGGAGGCAGCGCAGAAGGACGGCGACGACAUGGUCGAGCGCUGCCACGAGACCACCGCUAACCUCAAGAAGUGCAUGGACGCGCACGCCGACUACUACGCGCCCGUGCUCAGGGCCGAAGAGGCCGUCAACGAGCGCGCCGAGGCCGAGGCCGCCGCCGCGAAGGGCAAGGGAGGGGAGCUAGCGACCGAUGCGGAGAUUAAGGAAGGAGUGCCCCAGCCGGCUGCUUCCUCCCCGCCAGCCGCCGGCGUGGGGAACGAUGCCGAGAAUAAAGAGGAAGGCGUGCCCCAGCCGGCUGCUUUCUCCCCGCCACCCGCCGGCGAGGCGAAGAAAGAAGCAGCAGUUGCUGAGAAGGUUUGA